AUAGACUUGACAAUUUGUCAUUUAAAAAUUUUAAUUAUUUAAAAAUCUAGUGUCUACACAAUAAUAUACAAAGUUGACGUUUUCUGAACGAACAUACAUUUAAUGUAAAUUAAAAAAAAAUUCAAUAUGUUUUUAACAAUGGACCCAUUUGUAUUGCUUAUAACGAAUGUGCUACGUGUUUUUUAGUUGUAGAAUAUGAGAAAUUAUUUUAUCAACAAGUUAUUUAAUCUUAUAAAACAAGUUGUAUUGUAAUUUCAACAAGAAAUGUUAUGUGUUUGCGAGCGUUUUAAUUUGUUUGCUCAACUUGUAUAGUUAAAUUAAUAAAAUUAUGUUUUUAAAAAAUAUAUUUCACCGUCUGCCUGCCUUUAAAUUUGUCCGAGGAAGACUAUAUUGAUGGUAAAGUGGCUAUAGUACUUAGAAGUAGUCAUGUCCAAAGUACGUUUCGAACCUGGAUCCAUCACUCGACAAAGGUUACCGCGUAAAAAUAUUAUUCGUUCUUUAAUAGACCGCGAAACAAAUGGAAUAAAAUCAAGAAUGAAAUUUACCAAAUCAUUUUACCAGACUGUGUUCCCAAAUUGUACAAUAAUAAAUGUAGAAAAACCGCCGUGUUACCUAAGAAAGUUUACUCCUGAUGGUCGUCAUUUCAUAGCUUUCUCUCAUGACCAACUUUCAGUGGAAGUAUAUGAAUAUCAAGGAUGUUCAGCAGCAGCAAAUUUAUUAAGAAAAUAUAAAGGGAACUGUAUCAGCCAAAAUAAAGAAGGUGAAGCAGUUCGCAUGAAAAUAUUCGAUCGGCUGUUCAAAUUAAAACAUCGAAUAAGAGUGUCGCCCGACGGAGAACAACUUAAUAGAGAAUGUAGUUUAUUUACAGAUGAUGGAUAUUAUGUGUUAGUUGGAUCUGCUGCAAUCAUUCCUGAUGAUAUACGACCACAGUUUUAUGAAAUUUAUUCUAACAACGAAGCAGUAAGUCCUAAUCCACUUUUUCCACUAGAAGACUAUACGUUGCACUUGAUUGAUAUAAACCUUGGACGAUUAUGUGACUCCAUACACUUUAAGGCUGAUAAAAUAUUUCUUUCACAUAAUCAAGGAUUAUAUUUGUAUAAAGAUACAUUAGCCGUUCUCUCUGUUCAACAUCAAACUAUACAUAUUUAUAAAAUAAUUGAUAUGCAGUUAUAUUUGUUGAGAAGCAUUGGACGAUAUUGUUAUGAAGAUGAUCAGUUAUUGAUAACGUCGGUUUAUACAAUUAUGAACAGAGCUAUGUAUAGACCAUUCAGAGAAAGUAGCAUUAAUGGAUUAAAACAUAAGUUAAUGGUAUUUUUAUAUAAAAAGGCCCAAGAUGAAGCGAAAAGAACUGGUUCUCAAUUUCCUUUAAGAAAAUUUUAUCAAUAUUUUAAUCAGUUUUUGUCACUGCGAAUGUGGAAAAUGCAAUUAUUGGAUGAAAAUCAUAUACUAGUUAGGUAUGCUUCGGAAGAGGUGGCUACUAUAAAAAUUCAAGAGCCUAAUACACAAGCGUCAUUCUUUAUGAUUUAUAAUAUGGUUUCUACUAAGGUUUUAGACGUUUUUGAAAAUACAUCCGAUGAGUUAUUAAAUGUGUAUGAGAAUUUUUGCGAUUUUUUUCGUAACUCCAAAAUUAACCCAGAAGGAUUUAUGCCUUGUUCUCCAUCAAAUAAUAUAUUUUCAAAAGAAUCUCAUCAAAAGUUCAAAAAUACUAUUAUCAAUGCCAAAUUUGGAGGUACCACAGAGGCAAAUAAACGAAUAUUAGGCCAGUUACCAGUGGGAGCACAAUCUUUUACCAGCUCCCCAUACUUGGAUACAUCACUGUUUAGUUACGACGAAAAGUGGGUGUCGCCAAUGGAAAGGCCCAAAGUUGUUGGUGAAUACCCCAUAAGGUUCUACUCAAGAGAAUCGGGUCUGUUAAAUUUUUGCUUAUAUACCAGCGAGUCAAAGGGCCCCAAUAUAAUUGAUCGUAGACGGUUGGUGGCAUUUACAUUUCAUCCGACGGACCCUUUUGCUAUAAGUGUACAAAGAGACAAUUAUGAUUAUGUCGUUAAUUUUCAUAUACGUAAAGUAUACCUACCAGAAUAGGAAAAAAAUUGUAAUUUUCUUCAAUGUGUAUAGUUUUAAAUGUAAAUGGUCUAGAAAAGAUCAGAGAUUAAUAAUUUGUACAAAACAAACGUUCUAGUCUUUUUUUAUUUUUUAUUAUCAAUAGUCGAGUUGUUUUAUAUAUAAUACAAAUUAAGUAAAAUUAACAAUUUUACAUUAAC